AUGGUACACUUCAUUCCCUGCAAGAAAACUACAUAUGCUGUCCAACUUGCUCUCCUUUUCUUCCGUGAGAUUUAUCGUCUUCAUGGGCUCCCUAUUUCCAUUGUAUCCGAUCGAGAUUCCCGGUUUUUGAGUCAUUUUUGGCGGUCAUUGUGGCGUUUGCUUCGCACUAGUCUAGACAUGAGCUUUGCCUAUCACCCACAAACCGAUGGUCAAACGGAGGUUACUAAUCGAUCCCUCAGUGAUAUGCUGCGUUGUUUGGUUGGUGAUAGUAUUCGGUCAUGGGAUUCACUCUUGUGCAAAGCAGAGUUUGCACAUAAUCAUGCCGUUAACCGGAGUAUGAAGUUCAGUCCCUUUCGCGUGGUUUAUGGUCUUGUUCCUCCCGGCCCGCUUGAUUUGGGUGUUGCUCCUGAUCAAAUACGUGACCAUGGUCAGGCUGUAGACUUCGUUGCAGACGUUACAUAUGUGCAUUCCCUGGUUCAUGAAAAUUUUAAUGUUUCUUCUGCUAAGUACAAGCUCGAUGCUGAUCGUCAUCGCCGAGAUCUUCAGUUUGCUGUUGGAGACUUUGUUUGGGCUGUUUUAACUCGUGAUAGGUUUCCUCCCGGCACCUUUAACAAGUUUAAAGCUCGUAAGAUUGGACCCCUUGAGAUCCUAGAAAAGAUCAAUGCUAACGCCUAUUGUGUACGUCUUCAAGCGGACGUUCGUUCUUCAGACGUCUUCGACGUCAAGCAUCUUGUUCCCUACAUUUCGGAGGAUGAGCUUGACGAUUCGAGGACAAAUCUUUCUUUACCCCGGGUGACCUGA